UAUCGCUCGAAUAUUUUAAAGCCCGUAGAGAAUUUAGUAGAGUAAGUGAUGUCAGGCCUGAAUUUAAUUCAGUCAUAUUCAUCAGAAUCUGAUGACAUAGAAAACGAGGAAGAACCUAUAGCGAAAAACCCCAGUGAAAAGCUGCCCAUUCCUCAAAGCAUUCUAUCCUGGAAAGGCACUAAGCAUCACGAAACCGUUUUAGACGAUCCUUCUAAGCAUGAUGGAAGAUCCAGGUCUUUCAAACAUGAACGAGGAAACUGGGCCACUCUUGUUUACGUUGAACACCCUGGUGAUGAGGCACUUUGUGCCUGGGUUCAGGGAAUUCCUCAUAAAUUGGGGGCAGCAAGUGUCGAUUUGAAGGUCUUUCAAGAGUUUCAUUUGAGUCUGACCAAAAGUCUGAUAUUGAAAUUCCACUGGAUCGAAUCGUUUGUAGAGAGUGUAAAGAAAAUAUGCAAAUCCACUGAAAAAAUGGUUGUUGAAUUCAAUCAGCUGAAAGUAUAUUGUAAUGAGGAAAGGAAUAGGACAUUCCUUGCAAUUCAAUGCAAGGACAGGAGUAAAAAACUCAAAGCCUUUGUUGCAGAGCUUGAUAAUCUGCUCAGCGAGUAUCAACUGCCACCAUUCUAUCAGGGACACUGUUCUCUAGGAGGCUUCUUUCCACGUCAGUAUUCUCUGGUGCUUGGGUGAUGCGGAGGAGAAAUUGAACAGAGAACUCCCAUUACUUAAUGAAAGCGUAAGCAACUUCUUGGCCGAACAGUUAUCACACAAGUAUUUAGAAAUCAGUAACAUUAAUUGUAAGAUUGGUAAUAAAUUGUACAUUUUUCCUCUUGGGUAAUGAUUACCUAAUAAUUGACAUUUAUAAAAUAAACGGAAAUAUCAAAACUCA